AGCAUUUCAAAGAUAUUGUCUCGCCACUCUUUGACAUGGCCCCUCCAAUCGCUUUAGAAACCCCUUAUUAUGACCAGAUGGACCUUUCGAAUGGUUCAGAGCCUCCGUCAAAGAAGCGCCGCUUCUUCAGCGACUCUGACGAUGAAGCAGCUACGCAGAGUCGCAGACCGAGUCCGCCGUCCCCCGAGAUACAGCAUAGACAAGAUACACUCGACACCCCACCGACACUUUCAAAUCACUCCGCUGCACUAGGGGAACCAUUAAAUACAAUCACGGCCCAAGAGACUUCCCGGCCCGAAGCCUCUCUUGAGGAUAUUUCUGGAUUCGACCAGGCCACUUUUGAGGCCGUCGUCGGCGUCGAGGUCAAGCCCGACAUUCUGGCCAUCAUCCGCCAACAAUGCGGUAGCGAUCUCGAGCGGGCAGUUAACAUGUACUUUGACGGCACAUGGAAGAAUUACAAGUUGAAGCCAAAACAAAAACCUACCACAAUAACCUCGUCGAUACGAUUAAAUGGCGGAGACGGGGCUAAGAUUGAUCAAGUCACUAGUCGACCUGCCAUCCGGCCGGGGGCCCCUGGGUCACGAUAUGUUGGGGCCUUUGGAGUGGAGGGCUGGGCCACACGGAGCGGUACAAACCUGCUUAAGCAUGGUGAUGUAGUAAGGAUCGAGAGACAAAAAAUACAGCCACCCAAACCCCCAACCAAAGGCAAAGGUGCUACAAAUAAGCUUGGAGCUGCGGUGGGAGGGCUUCGUGUUAGCGCAGCUGCGGCCAGGAGAGUCGAUGUUAUAGUUCGAUUCACAGACCGUCAGGGAACUGAAAUCGGUCGUCUUGCCAAAGAUACCGCAAACUGGGUGUCUACGUUAAUAGACCAAAAGGUCUGCAAGUUCGAGGGCACCUGCGUAUAUGCGCCGGAAAGAUUAAGGACGAAUGACACAGUGUUUAUACAGCUACGUUGCUCCCUGCUCAACGAGGCUUUCGAUACCAGACGAUUUCAGCUAUCUGACAACCGCAACACUGGCAUGUUUGAGGAGCAGGAAACUGCAGAGGAGCGCAACCUUCGACUUCGACAAGUCGCACUCGUUCGCCUCUUUCAAGAAAUCAACCUGAUGCCAAUACGUGUGAACGAGGCAACCGCCAAAAAUUCACGUCAGGGGCUUUUGCAGGCGGCCGAGAUGGAUGACCAGAAGGAAGCACAACCACAAAGCACGAGUGUCGAAAAUUCAGACUCGCCACAGUCUGAAGCCGAAGAUGGGAAAGAGCUGGAGCAGGACCAGCUCGAUGCUUUAUACAAGAAGGCCCAGUCUUUCGACUUUGAUACCCCGGAAGCCGAGCCAGCUGAAACGUUUGCGAUGGAUCUCCGGCCAUAUCAGAAGCAGUCUCUAUAUUGGAUGCUUGCCAAGGAGAAAGACGAGGCCGGCAAGGACCGCGAAUCUUCUAUUCAUCCACUUUGGGAAGAAUAUCAGUGGCCCACAAAAGACUUCGACGAUCAAGAUGUUCCCCAGGUCGCAGACCAACCGAGCUUCUAUGUCAACCCAUAUUCUGGUGAAAUGUCACUCGAGUUCCCGGCUCAGGAGCAGCAUUGCCUUGGUGGCAUACUUGCGGAUGAAAUGGGUCUUGGAAAGACAAUCCAGAUGCUGAGUUUGAUACAUACUCACAAACCCCAUGCGGCUGCUGCGGCAGACGCAACCGCCCUCACGGUUAAUGACCUGCAGCGCAUGCCGGGCGGCGGCAACAAGGUGCAGCCAGCUCCGUACACAACUCUCGUAGUCGCACCCAUGUCAUUGCUCUCGCAAUGGCAAAGCGAAGCUGAGAAUGCGUCAAAGGAGGGCACUCUAAAGUCUAUAGUAUACUAUGGCAAUGACAAGCAUGCCAAUCUCCAGGCUCUCUGCUCCAAUCCAGCCACCGCUCCAGAUGUUAUCAUCACGAGCUAUGGCAUUGUGCUAUCAGAAUUCGGACAGAUCGCCGGGAGCAAGUCUGCAAAGCGAGACGGACAUACCGGGCUGUUCUCUGUCAACUUCCUACGCGUCAUUCUUGACGAAGCACACAACAUCAAAAACCGGCAGGCCAAGACAUCCAAGGCCUGCUACGAGCUCAGUGCAGAUCACCGAUGGGUUUUGACGGGAACCCCUAUUGUGAACAGGUUGGAGGAUCUGUUCAGUCUUGUCCGCUUCCUACGCGUCGAGCCCUGGAACAACUUCUCAUUCUGGAGGACGUUCAUCACAGUUCCAUUCGAGUCGAAGGAUUUUAUGCGUGCUUUGGAUGUUGUGCAGACCGUCCUAGAACCGUUAGUUAUGAGGAGGACAAAGGAUAUGAAAACCCCGUCUGGACAACCGCUUGUGGCACUACCGCCAAAGACCAUCGAAAUUGUAGAUGUCGAGUUCUCCAAGACGGAGCGUGCAGUCUAUGACCACAUCAUCAACAGAGCCCGCUCUGCUUUUCAGAAGAAUGUCGAGGCUGGCACAGUCAUGAAAGCUUACACAAGCAUAUUUGCGCAGAUUUUGCGCCUCCGCCAAUCAUGCUGUCACCCUGUUCUCGUCAGAAACCAGGAUAUCGUUGCAGACGAGGAUGAAGCUGCAGCGGCGGCCGAUGCUGUGGCUGGUCUCGCCGACGACAUGGACCUUCAUUCCUUGAUCGAGCGCUUCACUGCCAGUACUGACGACCCGGCAGACGCCAAUGCGUUUGGAGCACAUGUCUUGUCGCAGAUUCGUGACGAGGCUGCGAAUGAAUGCCCCAUAUGCACUGAAGAACCCAUGAUCGAGCAGACUGUCACGGGCUGCUGGCAUUCGACGUGCAAAAAGUGCAUUCUUGAUUACAUCAAGCACCAAACAGACCGCCACGAGGUCCCCCGCUGUGUCAGCUGUCGACAGCCCAUCAACGAGCGGGACUUGUUUGAAGUCGUCCGACACGAUAAUGACGUAUACGACGAUGACGAGGACAAGCCCGGCAGCGUCUUCAAGCAGAAGCAGCCAGACCAGCCACGGCGCAUCAGUCUCCAGCGUGUUGGCGUCAACGACUCGUCCACAAAGGUCGUCGCACUGAUUCAACACCUGCGCGACCUUCGCCGUGAACGGCCGCGCGCAAAGGUGGUUGUCUUUAGCCAGUUUACCUCGUUCCUAACCCUGAUCGAGGGCUCGCUGGACCGUGCAAACAUGCACCACGUCAGGCUCGACGGCACCAUGGCGCAAAAGACUCGCGUCGCGGUCCUGGAGGAGUUCAAGGCCUGCAGCAAAUUCACCGUCUUCCUCAUCAGCCUCCGCGCCGGCGGCGUCGGGCUGAACCUGACGGAGGCGUCCCGUGUCUACAUGUGCGACCCUUGGUGGAGCUUCAGCGUCGAGUCGCAAGCUAUUGACCGUGUACAUCGCAUGGGCCAGUCGGAGGAGGUCAAGGUAUAUCGGUUCAUUGUCAAGAAUAGCGUCGAGGAGAGGAUGCUGAAGAUUCAAGACAGGAAGAAGUUUAUUGCUACGUCUUUGGGAAUGAUGUCGGAUGAUGAAAAGAGGCUGGCGAGGAUUGAGGAUAUCAAGGAGCUACUUAGCUAAAGAGGAUAAUAUGUAUUUUGACCAAGAGGCAACAUUGGAACACAGCGUGGGCGUACACAGAAGCCACCUGCGGUUGUGAUUGAUUGUUUGGAAGGGGGAUUUAUAAAGAUAACUGUAUGAGUUAUGAGGUUUGGUUGCAUACAUAGAUUUGAUACUUGGCAGGGGCGGGCGUCUGCGCAUGUUCCGGAAUCUCUGGCAGAUGGCGUUGAUAUAAAACCAUACAGGGAUGAUGAACUCAAACAAUAGAAGACAUCGAGCACAGGAUCCAGUAGCUCAUAAACACUGACAUUGACAACAGGGAACUGAGUACCUAUAGAACAUGAUGCGGGCUAGAUCUGCAAACAGAUGAUAAAAGAAAUACAAAUGACCAAG